UGAUUUCGUCUGGAGCUUAUUUAUUUCGAACCUGAAACUCGCCGCGGCAUCCACGUGCCACGAUCGCAGCUGCGAUCAGUCAAGUCAAGUAAAGUCAGUCGGUCUCCCAGCGAUACACGAUCGAUCGUGUUGCGGCCGACACACGUGCACGCAUCAAAGAGGCGAUACGAAGAGGAGAAAGUAAAACGAUCCGCUUCGAUAUUCCAAAAAACAAGCACGAAAAUAAAAGGACACACGAGUAGACGUUCUAUCGAAGUGGCUUCUCAUUCAUCUUCGGCAGCGUUCGGUGCAUCGGCCAGAUUUCCCGACUUUUUAACGAUCAUUGCCGAUUUUCCACUUCCGCACGCGUUUAAAGGAGUGCUGAUCCAGUUCCGCUGGAGACAGAAGAACAGCGGGUCCGACGUUCAUUUCGACGAUGACCGACUGCGAUCGCAGACCAGGAUCGACGCUGUGAUCUGUGCUGUUUUGUGAUAACGAGGUUUAUUCUCAGGAGUCCCAGGUUCCCGAUCUAUUUCCUUGGGGAACAAACGGUACAGUGUCACCGAGCGAACUCUGCGUAACACCGACCGAUUUCUCGGAGAAAAGCGGCGGCGAGGAAACCCGUCGAUUCGAUCGAGCCCGAUCGACUCGCAGGAAAGAAGCGCCGGAUCCGCGGGAGGGACCGAGGACGCGUCGUUCCACGAAGCGCGCGCGAUUCCAUUGGAUAGCGGCGAUAAAAGCCGGCGAUCGGAUAAGAUCAAACGAGCGGAGAGUGGGGAGCCCGGGCAGAAAAGGGAGUGAAAACAGCGGGCGAGCCGAUUGUGCCUGAUCGCGCACACGGUGAACCGACGCGUCGCGCACGGGCUACUCGCGCGAGGAAAGCGACCAAGAAUUCGGAAUCGUUCCGCGAGAGGGCGAGCGAGCGAAGAGAGAAAGAAGUUUCUCGAAGCUUGGCCGAUACCGAGACUGCCGGUGCCUCUGGUUCACGCCGCCGCGUUCAAAGGGGCGAGCAGGGAAAGAGAAGCAGAAGAGAGGGGUUCACCGGAGCAGCAAGGGCAUCCCCGCGAGUCCGAGUUGAACUGUGUUCAGAUAGGUCGUGACUCGUGUGACGCAACUCGCAAUCGACCCAUUCAAUUUCAGCGAACCGAUCGGACCGGGCACUCCAACGGCCGGUCCCGUAUUUUCGCCGGCGAAUCGCUUCAAGAUAAAUCACCGCGCUAUUAAUAACCACCGCGUCCUGUUCUCUGGGAGCCUCGAUCUCGCGUGGGAAGGGGUCCUUGAAACUCGAAUUUCGAGAUCGCCGGAAAAAGUCGGGAAAGAAACACCGACAACGGAGCAAGAAACCGAGUUUUUCCUGCGAAACGUUUCUUGCCGAUCGAACGCGGUCACGCGUGAUAGCCGGGUCGCCGGAAGCCCUUAGUCCGGCGAGGAAGCGUAGCUCCGUGACGAGAGAAGUUUCUCGAAGCCGCUGAAACCGCUAGGCAGCUGCUCGAAAAGGAGAAGCCGGCGUAGGACGCGGAGACCGAUCGGAGUGCGUCAUCCGAAGAGCGCGAAGGAGAGGACGCGCGACGCGGAACGGAUUUAGGCCCGUUUGCUCCGUUUAGGGCCGGCGUCGUCGCUGGACGAGAGAACGAUCGGGAGCGAGAGGGGAAAUCGGUGCGACGAGGGGAACGAGCCUAGUCGCUUGGACCAAAGGACGAAGAGGAUUCCGGUUGGCGAGGAUAAGGCUAGCGUGAGAAUAGAAAGGGUCUGUUGUUCGGAUUGAUCUCGCACAGUUGAUCCGGCGAAAUGUCGAAGAGCAAGAAGUCCCUGUCCAUGCCGAGCGGGAACGAUAUAUUCGACGAGGAGUCGAUCGCCGUGCGAUCGAGAUGGCGAAACCUCGCCGCCUUCUGGGUACUCGGCCUCUGCAAUAAUUACGGUUACGUGGUGAUGCUUAGCGCCGCGCACGAUAUCCUCGAGAGCAAAUUCGGCACGACGGAUACCAGCGCAACUUCCAGCAACGUGACGACGAACACCACCGGGGUCCGUUCCUGCAACACGCUCUCCACCGGCGCCAUCUUGCUGGCGGACAUCUUGCCCUCGCUCGCGGUCAAGAUUGUCACGCCGUUCCUCCCGUUUUACGUGCAUGCUCGACUGGCUACCUGUGUGUUAUUUUCCGCUGCAGGAUUCCUUGUGGUGUCGUUGAGCACUACUGAAUGGCUCGCCAUAUUGGGCGUCGUCGUAACGUCACUAUCUUCCGGUUUGGGAGAAGUUACUCUGCUGAGCUACAGCCACCAGUAUCCGAAACAAGUAAUCGCGACAUGGUCUUCCGGUACCGGAGGCGCCGGAAUAAUUGGCGCGCUCUCUUACGCCGCCCUCACCACGUGGUUGAGCAACGAAGACACGCUGUUACUUAUGUUAAUCGUACCGAUCAUACAAGGGAUCACGUUCUGGCUGGUCCUCGUGCACCCAAGACAGUCGACUAUACCGAUCACCAAGAACGGCAUCGACAGCCAGGAGCAAAUCAUCGAGGUCCAGAGGAAGAGCUUCAAGGAAAAGAUCAAUCUGGUACCGGGCCUGCUGAAGUACAUGAUCCCACUGGGGCUCGUGUACCUCUUCGAAUAUUUUAUUAACCAAGGAUUGUACGAGUUGAUCCAGUUUGAUGGGAUUUGGUUGUUGCACGCUGAGCAGUAUCGCUGGCUCCAAGUGGAUUAUCAGAUAGGAGUGUUUAUAUCCAGAUCGUCUGUCAAUCUCGUCACGAUUAACAAAAUCUGGAUCAUGGCUGUUCUUCAGUUUAUCAACGUCAUCAUUCUCCUAUUCGAGGCGUUGUAUUAUUACAUCCCGAGCAUUUGGAUCGUGUUCGCAUUCGUCUUGUGGGAAGGCCUGCUCGGCGGUGGAGCGUACGUCAACACGUUCUACCGAAUGUCCACCGAGAUUCCACGAGCGGAUCGCAAGAUCUCGCUAGGCAUCGCCACGAUGGCGGACUCGAUCGGUAUCGCGUUGGCGGGAUGGAUGUCGAUGCCGGUGCACAAUGCGAUCUGCAGGAUGCCACAGCCGACACGGCUGGGCAGCUAGGACCCGUUGGGACAGCAUUUCGACAACGAUCAUGCGACCAAGCAAGACCGCGAAACGCUCCGCCGUGAAACCGUUCGAUAUUUAUUGCCGAGUCGUGCUCCACGCGCGAUCCGCGGCCACGUGAUAUGCGUAGAGCUGAUAACCGGGUAUAAGUUAACGUCGUCUCUAACCGUUUUAGUACAAUAGACUCGAUCGCGUAGCGCACGGUCGCCGACAUCGUGAUAAUCCGCUUGAUACCUCUGUCACGCUGACUUCUAUCGAGUUGAUGCGAAAAUCUUGACGCCAUUUGUACGCGGUUAAAACUGUUUCCCUCCGGAACGAGUAACAUCUGUUUUCAAAAUAUUGUAACGUGUACAGGACACUCUCUUCGUUUUUGCUUAGUUUUUCUAAGAAUAGUUGGCAACUCUUUUAUUUCUCAUAAUAAACUGUCAAAGCUUUUGCAUCAACUUGAUGUUUUAUCGACGCCGGGACAGCAAGAGACGACGAAGCGCGAUCGUCGUUAUAGAAGGAAACGAUACAUCGGGAAGCAAUGAUCGACGGGGACGGUGUCGGUGCGACGAAAUUCUCGUUGGCGUCGUUCGAACCGGGACCACGGACGAUCUUACAAGUAAUGGAGGGAACGACGAAUAUACACGAUUCACCGAUGUUCCUGCGAAUGAAAUUCUAACCGGUAGAUCGUUAGUCUCCAUUGUUCCGACUAGGAACGGGAUAUGUAUGGAGCGGUAGCUUUGAUCACCUGAAAUGUCUUUAUUUUCAGAGACGUGGGAGAAUGUUUGCGAAAGUUGCGUGGUACUGGAAUCGUUGCGAUCGUUGAAAUAUCUACGUUAACGAUGAAAAUGUAGAUUGCGAAAGGUCAUUCUGAAAAUUCCGAUAAUCCGCUGGAAAAAUAUUGCUAGGAUUUAAUGUCCUUGGUACCAUACAACUUACAAAAUGAAUGUUUCCUCAUAUCUCCAACAACAAUGCAAAUAUUUCGGACGAUCGGUUACUGCUCUAGAUUGUGAACAUAUACAGGGUGAGUCUCGAGAUGCAACACCGAUGUUUUAAAACUACCGAGCACUUAAAUUGAUCUUUUGAAACUUCUCUAUAGAAAUAACAAGAGAAACAUCUGUUCUUUUAAUAAUUGCAAAAGAAAUCAGAGAUAGGUUAUUUUCACCUAUAAUUUUGGUGUCAAUAUUCAAUUCAAGAUCACUUGACAGCUAUAGCAUACUAAAUAAAACCACAUUGUAAAUUCUUCGACUGUGCGCCGUUUCUCUCGACUCACUCCGUAUACCAGCAACAAAAUUGUCGCGUCUUUUUGUUAGUUACGUUCGUCCCGACGGCAGAGCUCGAGCCAGUCGACGAACAGUGUCCGACAGACGGAGGUCCGAUCCGGUUUCUCUGUCGUGUCCGCGAGCUUGAUUUCACGCGUCGAUGUGAGUGCGAGAGUAUGUGCGUGUGUGUGUCUGUAUGCGCAUCAACGACGGGCCAACGGGUUUCUGGCUAUGGUUGCGUUCGUGCACACGCGUUUUAUAUUCCUUACGUAUUCGUUAGCUGUUAGACUUUAACGUCGUCGCGUCAUCGCUGGUUCAGCGAUACGAACGACACCAGUAUUCCUAGAUAGAGUAGCGUCGAUCCGCUCGCGUUGCAGGUGCAUUCGACAGAACGAGUUCGAUCGCUCGAUAUUCCGAACUCUUGAACUCCGAACUCGACUUCAUUUGUCAUCUCCGAAAUUACAGAAGAAGCUGCGGACGCAUCUGGUUCGGUGUUUCACGCCGAAGAAUCCGUUGCGUUAAUGAUAAUCACAGGCAUGCAUUUCUUUCCGACAGUUCUCUUUAUUUUAUAAAUCUCAUACGAUCGACAAUGAAAGGAAAUUCGUAUCUUUGGCUCGAACGAUCUCUCGUUCGACGAGUUCGAUGCUGUUUCUUAGAGUAGACAAGCGUUGCAGGUUGCUUGAAGGUUCUCCCUCGCGUGAGGUUUCAAGUCUUGUGUCAUUUUCGUAGAUUAAUUAGCCCGAACGUGUGAAACGUGAAACAUUCCUCGCCGAGAAAUAGCAGGAGCACGCGCGGAGUAUGACGAUCGAGUCGCGAGAGAAACAGGAGGACCGAGACGAGGAGAGAAACGAGCAACGAUCGCGCGUCUCGUUCGAACGAUUCUCCGACGGCUGUGGAGGUCCUGUUUACCCCCCUCUCUCUCUCUCUCUCUCUCUCUCUCUCUUUCUGUCAAAAUAGCUCGCCUCUUCUUUCCGAAUGCGUAUUGUAUAAUUGUGAUAUACCGAUAAUACUGUUUCCUACAAUUAUUGCAAUAUAUUUUAUGCCAGAUACUAUAUCGUUUACUACGCCAUAAUAUAUUAUCGUCGUUGUGGAAUUGAAAUUGUAUCGCGCUCCCGAUCCGCGUUCGGGGACGAUCGCGUCGCGGUCACCGAUUUCGGUUCCUUUGUUCUUCCGUUUCACUCCCGUCUUUACUGUCGUCGAACCAACGAACGACAUUGCAGCGCGCGAGAACGAACGAACGAAUCGGAAACAUUGCGCACACGUUUGUAACAGCUGCAGCGACCACGUUCGAGAAAAUAAAAUCGUUGAAAUUCCGUUUUUCAAUGCGCUGCGCAUCUUUCGCACCCGCUGCGCGCUUCAUUGGCGCCCGACAUCGAAACCAAGGUCAACGUUAAACGCAAGCGAACGACCAAUGGAAUGUCCUUCGAGCAGUUAGGAACUCUGUUUCGCUCUUUCCUUCUUCUUCCUUUUUCGCGUUUCUUAACAAUUCUACUCGCACGCGGACCAACUAAACAUCUCGCAUUUUCACCCCGAAUACACUCUUAAUCAUCCUUUCACACCUACGCGAACUACAACCACAAAUCCCAGGAGAAUUAGACUCGCGAAUUUCUUUAAACGCACGCUCCUCUUCGUAAUUAUUCGGAACACGUGCUCCUCGUGGAUUACAGACUUGCUACGUCGCUUGGCUAACGCAGUCUACGUUUCAAUAUUACACAGAGAAUGUUUAUUUAAAGACGACGCCUUAAUAAUACCAUACGGUACCACCAAACAGUCGUUUGCUGGACAAAACUCGGUAACUUAGAAAGUAUAAGUGAUAGGAAGAAAUGCUUCAUACAAAAGUUGUAUGAAGAGUGGUCAUACUUGUUUUUACAGUAUAUAGUUCUUAUGAAGAUUUUUCAAUAACAAUAGAUAUUUCACGUGUCGAUUCAAACAAAACUGUUAUUUACCAAAUGAAACUUCUUUUGUUGCAAAGAUCACUUAGUAACACAUUGGUAACUUUCAAUUUUCGUUACGUGAAUCGAAUUUCUGAGAUCUGUCCACAAGCGACCACACUGUGGCAGUUCAAUUAGGCUUUAAUUAGAACCUUAUCCUUAGACCAGCUCACGAAGUCACAGAAAAAUCUAUUUCGUCUAUACUUCACUCCGUUAACCUAAAAGUAAAGAGAACUAACUAAUAGUGCGACCUGCGAUCUACAAUAUUUCCUCCUCACGUCCUAACAUUCACGAAGAAGAGCGCAAACAACUGAACCGCCAGUUUCCUCUGCGAGUGUCCCUAAACAUUUACAAAAUCGUUUGAUAUCAGUCGCUCAUAUUGUCUCGUGUCGACGCUCGCGUUCCGUGGACUCGCCUCAAAACCGAAAUGAUUGGACACCGACGUCUGGGGGCACGGAUACGGCGGGCUCUUUCCUCGUUUUGUAUAUUAAUCAAAAAUAACUACGUGUGAUUUUGAUUGACCUCGCACGCGAUCACGCGCACCGCUCGAGAAUCAGCUUCCCGGACUCCUCGUACUCUUG